AUGUUGAAGCCAACCAACGAAGCCGAAGAAGAUUUAAACAAAGACUAUCAAGCCGAUGAUGAUGGCGAACCGUUGGAAUAUGAUGACGAAUCCGACCAAAAUUCAAACCAAAAACCAGGCAACUGUGUUGAGUCUAAUGCUCCAGCCUUCUUUAAAUUUUCCGACUACACAGAAACAGUGAAAGCUGGCGAAUCAGUGACGUUGAAAUGUGAAAUUGAAAAUUUGAUCCCCAAAAAUGUAAUUCUAUGGUACAAGGGUGAUCAAAAGGAAACACAAAAGAAUCUAUUCAUUUUAAACAACCGAAUCACACCGGACGAUCGAUUUGUUUACAGCGAAUCGGAUCAUUCGUUAACCAUCAACAAUGUUAAUGAAACCGAUCAAGACGUGUAUCUGUGCUAUGUGGCACCGAAUAACAUUACCAUGAAGGCAAAAUUGGUGGUGCUAUCCAAUUUGGAGGCGCACAUCUAUGAAAGUAGUUCAAUCACACACCGUCAAUAUGACACCAAAUUUUUUUUAAGGAAAUAUCCAGCCUAUGAUGAUGGCGAACCGUUGGAAUAUGACAGCGCUACUAUUAGAUACAUACCACGCGUUUCUGCCCAUCGAUCGGUGAUUAACACGAAAGAAGGUGACAAUGCUGAAUUGUAUUGUGAUUAUGAUUCAACGACCGAAAGCCACGUCGUAUGGUACAAGAAUCAACAGAAAUUACAAAUCAGAACACACGAGCCACGAUCAAAGUAUUCAGUGAUUUACCGAGCACCAAAGUCACCGAACAAAAAAACAUCCAUUUUGGUGGUGAACAAUGUGAAAUCAACGGAUUUGGGUGUAUACGAAUGCCGUGUUGACAAUGAGAUUGGAACCGAAAAAGUUACAAUCGAACUGACCUAUGUGCCGGAACCGCCAAAGUUGCGCCAAGUCGAACGUGAAGGUGAUACGGUCAUCACUCAUUGGCACAUUCCCAGCAUGCAAAAACUUCAGGAAAUUAUGCUGAACUAUCAACUCGAAGGAGAAAUCAACCAAUCAAGCAAUUCACUCAUCAUUUUCGUUCCAUUACUGGAUUGGCUUCAAGAAGCUGUCAUCGAUCAAGAGCAAAGCAAAGAACAUACCGGCAUUUGGAAAAUCAAGCAUAAAUUGGCGUCAUGCGAAUGCCGUGUUGACAAUGAGAUUGGAACCGCAAAAGUUACAAUCGAACUGACCUAUGUGCCGGAACCGCCAAAGUUGCACCAAGUCGAACGUGAAGGUGAUACGGUCAUCACUCAUUGGCACGUUCCCAGCAUGCAAAAACUUCAGGAAAUUAUGCUGAACUAUCAACUUGAAGUAGAAAGAGACUGGCUUCAAGAAGCUGUCAUCGAUCAAGAGCAAAGCAAAGAACAUACCGGCAUUUGGAAAAUCAAGCAUAAAUUGGCGUUGGCGUCAGGCGCUUGGCAUGUUUGUGUAAAAUCGAUGAAUACCGAAGGAUGGUCGGGGUAUUCAAAUCUGGAGGAUAUACCAGUUCCAGACAAGAAAAUGAAUUCAGCGACCACCACAAUGGUGUCAUCGUGUGCCAUUUCCUUCGCGGCGCUUCUAACUAUUUAUUCAAUUAAUUGGUCAACACGACUAUUUGGCUAGAUUUUAGUGUGCUUGAAACAAAUAAAACCACCCUUUUCCUCCCCCAGCUAUUGUGUAUAACAAACAAAUCUUAAUACAAAUUUAUUUUUAUUACUGUCUAAACUAUAAAUAUUUCGAAAUAAAUAGGGAAUGAAUGGCAAAUCAAAAUAAAUUGAAAUGCAGUUCGCUUAUUCUCCAGUAGCCGUAAUAGAUAAAAUCAAAUCACCCCAAAUCACCCACUACACACACACAACGCGCAUGAACGUUUCAAGCACAUAUUUUAAAUUUUAUUUUAUUUGGUACCCCAAAAAUCAUUCUUAAGUGCUUCUGUAUGAGUAGAUUUCCAAUAUUUCUCGAGAAAAAAUAACUUUUUGCCAAGACACUAACCAUAAAAAGUGUGUAUUUGAGGAUUUUUCGACGAAAAGUCGAUUUUUUGAGAGUUGUGAUCGAAGCAACGGAAUAUGAGGCUAGAAAUAUAUGAAAACUUCACUAUACUUGGUCAUGUCGGUACUCAAAAUGUUCGUAAGGGAUCAUACUAGAGGUUCAAAGGUAGCAAAAGCAGAAAUGUUGGAUCCAUGGGGUGAUUUAGCCAUUGAACCGAAGCUCUUGAGCGUCAUUCGCUCAUUUGGUUUGAAACAAUCGCAUUUUUCGAUACUAAAAUCAUAUAAACUUGUGUAAAUUGAUACUACAAAUGAACGAAUGAAUGAUGAAUUUGUAAAUGUGUGAAAAAAAACAAACGAAGGAAGAAGAAAAAACUUCAACAACAACAUAGAAAAAGCGAGAAAAAAAAACCGUUUAAGCUAACAAUUUAGGAUGAACAUUGAACAUCGCUUUUCAGUAUAUAUAUAGUACCAUAGGAACUGCGUAAAAGUUAAAAAAUAAUAAAAAUUAUAUUUACAA